UUGACCAAUCAGGUGCUGAAAUUCCUCGAGUCUGGUGAACGCAUGGGCAUACCCGAGGACUGUCCGCCAGGUAUAUACGCUCUGAUGUUGCGAACCUGGAAGGAGGAUCCCACCCAGCGGCCCAGUUUCGCCCAACUUCAAGUGGACUUGGCCGCAUUCCUCGCAAAGUCUGCGGUCACCGCGCCCCGUCCUGACCGACAGCUUUCGGUAUCCUGCCUGAGUCGGGGCUCAUCAGACGACCUCUAUGAGUCUCUGCAGGAUGAGCAGCAGCAACAGCCUCCACCGCCGGUCAGAGCACUGACCUGGAAAAAGCCCCACUCGAACUUCAAGGGCUGA